ACCCGAAGAGGGAACCUCCGUGUUCUGAAAAUCUGCUCUUUCCUUCUUUGUCACACUUUCUUCAGCCAUUGUCGCAUGCCCAACUCGAUUUUGACUAAGGACGAGCGCGGAGUCAUAUGAGCUGAACCCCAGAAGAUGAAGCCCCGUCUCCCUUCAUCUCCUUUUCUGGCUGCUCUGACACUCAUCGCGAUAGCCAAUCUCUCUGCGCCUACCUUCUCGGCGAGCUCGCCACACUGCAAGGCAUGGCUCGUCCAAUCCAUUCCCACGGACAUGCCCCUCCUCCGCCGUGUCCCCGGCAUCCUCUCCACCGUGGAUGUUUUCCGGUGGUUGGUGGGAAACUCGACGAAGAAGCUGGACAUCAUAACGCAGUAUUGGCAGCUGCUUGCUCGUCCUGAUGAUCCCCAGUCCGGCGAUUAUGGUUACUCUCAGUCUGAUAUUCUCCGAUUCGGGGCCGAUUUUGGUCGCGGUGUUUACAAAGCCAUCGAAGAUGCCGCUGAUCGGAAUGUCACUAUCAGGCUUUUACAGCACUCAGGAGUGUAUCCUGACUACGACAAAGAACCAAAUGACAUUGCUUCAGGAAGGACAAACGUCAAAUCUGUAACUCUGUUAUUUGCCAAAUGGUGGGGAUCAGGCAUAGUUCAUGCAAAAGUGUGGAUAUCAGAUAAUCGAGAUGUUUAUAUUGGAUCUGCCAACAACGAUUGGAAGUCCCUUUCUCAGGUGAAGGAACUUGGAAUAUACCUUGUUAAUUGUCCCAAAAUAGCAAAGAAGGUUGAAUCCUACAAUGACAACCUGUGGAAACUUUCCUCUCUCAACGCUUCAGCUUACACAAAGAAUGUCUCGGACCAUCAAUGGCAGAUUACUAGGAAAGUUCCCUGUUGGUCACAUUUCCUUGAGUCUGAAGAGAGAUGCAAGUCGCCUCUUCCUCGAUAUGUGGAGGUUCCUCAUGUAGCAGGCUAUCCAGUCCUGUCACAUCCUCACAUGUUUCGUCUUCCAAUAGAUACUCCUGGACGUAAUCAUACAUCUUCUCAAUCUCAACUUAGCUAUCUUUCCUUUGCUCCUCCAGAGCUGUCAUUUGGCAAGUACCAGGCUGACGAACAGGCAUGGGUUGACACAAUUAAAUCAGUUGGAAGUGGAGGGACUGUUAGGAUCAGCACAAUGGACUGGCUUGGUCAAUCGCAAUAUGCUGAGCAAACUGUUUAUUGGUCGUCCCUUUCUUCUGCUGUGUCAGAGGUUGUCUUUGCCAAGCAUGCCAAGGUGAAGAUAUUGGUAGCAUAUUGGGCUCAUUUCAUAAACAACACUGACGUUUACCUGAAAUCUCUCCUCCUUUCAAAUGUCCUCUGCUCAUCUUCAAAAUACAACAAGUGUUCUGGCAAAGUGGAGAUUAAGUACUACUUAGUCCCGGGUUUUAACGCGACUGGAGCUGCGAUUCGCAAUGGGACUAGCACUGGGAAUAAGUAUCCUGGUUUCACCCGGGUCAACCAUGGAAAGUAUGCUGUUAGCGAUGUGAGAGCCCACAUUGGAACAAGCAACCUCGUAUGGGAUUAUUUCUAUACUACUGCUGGUGUCGGCUUCGGGACGCAUGACCAGGAGAUAGUUUCACAGCUUCAAGAAGUCUUUGAUGCUGAUUGGAGUUCACCAUAUGCUGUUCCUGUGGAAGAGUCCGAGGAAGGGCACUCAUUUUCGAGCUGACUAGUGCUACGCACGAGGUACAGACUGGCUACAGGUAACUGAAAGGGCCAAAACAACAAUCGAAUGAGAUCUUCGAACAUGAAGAGUACGACCGAUGGAGUUGCACCGCCUCCUGAGACGAGUACAUGGUUGUUCAAAGCUAAAUCUCUUGGAAAUUUAUGUAACCUCAUUCUUUUGGACUUA